AGGUGGUCAUGAUGGCGCUGGUGUUCCCCGUGUCCGGCUCAGAUUACGACUUUGAUGCAGUCCAGCCCUACUUCCUGUCCGGCGAGGAGGAGGAGGAGUUCUACCCGCCUCCACGCAGCCAGCUCCUCCCAGGUCCAGGUGAGGACAUCUGGAAGAAGUUUGAGCUCCUGCCGACGCCCCCUUUGUCCCCCAGCCGGACCCCGCCUCAGUCUGAGACCUCGCUGUCCUCCGCGGACCACCUGGAGGCGGUUUGGGACCUCCUGGAUGAAGACCGUAGCUCCUCCUCCUCGUUCCUGCAGUCCUUCAUCAUCCAGGACUGCAUGUGGAGCAGCAGCUUCGCCGCCGCCACCAAACUGGAGCAGAUGGUGUCAGAGAGGCUGGCGAGUCUCCAGACCCACCGGGACUCCAGCGGGGUCUCGGACCUGGUCCCUGGUCCUCAGGUGAACACAGAGUACCUGCAGGACCUCCACGCGGCGGCGGUGGCCUGCGUCGACCCGUCUGCUGUGUUCCCGUACGUCACGCCGGCAGAGAGACCGGGACAGGAYGACGAGACGAUGGAGGCGGAGUCAGAGCUGUCUGUGACGUCCCCGCCCCUCAGCAGUGACUCAGAAGAGGAGGAGAUUGACGUGGUGACGGUGGACAGGCGGGGGACGUCCCGGCGGUCCGACGCCUCGCCUCUGAUACUCAAACGAGCUCACAUCAGCGUCCACCAGCACAACUAUGCCGCCCCGCGGCCUGCUGGGAAGCGGCUGAAGGCGGAGCUCCCGGCGAGGCGCUGCUGGAGCCCGCAGUCGGACGGCGAGGACGAGGACAAGCGGCGGACCCACAACGUCCUGGAGAGGCAGCGGCGGGACGAGCUGAGGAGGAGCUUCCUGUCUCUGAGGGACCAGGUCCCCRCCGUGGCCCACAACCUGAAGGCAGCCAAGGUGGUCAUCCUGAGGGAGGCGGCGGCCUUCGUCACGCAGGUCAGAGAGGAGGAGGAGAGGCUGCUGACGAUGAAGGACACGCUGACGAAGAGGAGCAGAGAGCUGAGACGAAGGCUGGAGCAGCUCAGGACUUGAUGCUAACCGUUAGCUUUUAUUUAUUUGUUUAUUUAUUUGUUUACACGUUUUAUUUAUAAGAAUGAUGUCAGAAUCUGAACAACCGUCUGGUUUCUCUCAGUCAAAACUUCUGGUGUUUCAGUUUCUUUUGAAAUUAUUUAUUUUAGUUUUAUUAAAAGAAUCUUCAGAGGAAGUAGCUGCAAACCUGUCAAAAUAAAAGCCCCUCCUGAUGUUA